AUGCAGUGGCAACCCACCCCAUUCUCCGCUACGGACUUCGUGGCGAAGAACAUCUCGGGAAGACCCGACGAGGUGGCUUUUCGGAGCACAUCGGUGGGGGGGAAGGGAGACACUGUGAUCGUCAUUCCAACAUCUCGCUACAAGGCUGCACUCGACUUGUUCAGCAGGCGCCACGAGUUACCGGCGACCACCGACGGCGUCGAAGAUCCCCCCGUCCCAGGGGUCGUUCGCGGCGGCAAGAAAGGCGUCCCGCAGUUCAUGCGCACUGAUAAAUCCACUGCCGUCAAGGCUCUCAUGCAGGCCAAGGAGCCGUACGGCAGUCCGGCACAUAAGUUCAUCUUCCUCGCGUCCGCGCUUGAGAAAGAGUCGCCCGCCGUGCAGGAGAAGAUGGUGGACCGGCUCCCCGAAGCUCGCGACCCGCAGUUCUCCCACCUCUUCGUCGACGACAGCAACAAGCCGUCGCCGUUGUGGGUGGUGGAUAUGGUGCACCACACCGGUGGCGGGGAGGACACGGACUACAGCGGGAGGUUGUCCGACGCGAAGACGCGGGCUUACCACGACGGAUGUGUUUUCGGUGGGGCGCAGUCGGCGGGUUCUGGUAGGCGGGGUGCGACGCGGAUUGUCGAGGUCGGUUCAGCGGAAGACGAGCGCGUGAGGACCGAGGCGGCCGACACCACCUACGUCCAGUCCACGAUGGCUCUCCCGCUGUGGGACGUGGUGGCCAUCAUGGCCGGCAAGGACACGCUGUUCGAGCAGGGUCUGUGGCUCUUCGGAAACACCAUCGGAAUCGCGAAGGUUGGAAGCAAGGUGUCUCUCGUCGAGACAACCCCGAAGAAAUCGCGCAGCGGAGAUCCCUGGAUUUUUGUCACCGUCAUGAUCAACAACCGGAACUGGUGCGGGAUUGGCCGCGCCAACUACACCGGCGAACAGAAGGGCAGGGAGAAGAAAACGAAGGAGCUCAAGGCCGCAGGCGGGCAAUAUGGGGUUGACGAAGACGUGUGGAACGGCAAGAGGGAGCCCACCGCUCAAGAGCAGAGACUGAUGAAGAAGAAGAGGGAGGAAACUUCCGCGGGUGGGGUGGUACAAUCGGGGGAGCACGAGAAACCCAACCCCAACCCGCGAGGCCCCGGUAGAGCCGGCAUCAAGGAGUUCGACUAUCGCCCUUACCGUCGCUUCAUCGGCUUCCACUAUCGUGGUUACAAGGAGAAUGGCAAGCUCGUCAUGUCGGGCGACACAUUGGAGUUCUUCGAGUACAGCAUCAGCAACAUGGAGAACGGGGCGUGGAUUCUGGGCACCUAUCAGUUCAGCGGCCGAGGCAAAAGGUUGUCCUCCUACCCAUACAGGAAGAACGGCACAAGGGUCCAGACAGACGCCAAGAUAGAGAGAAUCGACAGCUACCUGAAGAGCAAGGCCAGGGAUCACGGGGAGGAGCAGGGAUAG